AUGGAAAAGAAUUUCCCGAUAUUUAUCGUGGACGCGUUCACAAGAGAACGAUUUUGCGGGAAUCAAGCAGCUGUCUGCCUAAUAUCUCGGGUAAACCUUAGAGAUGACGAAUAUCAGAAAAUCUCUACUGAGUUCAAUUUGUCAGAGACUGCAUUUCCACUUCCCAUUAACGGUGAUUUCAGGACAGCAAGCAGGUUCACGUUACGGUGGUUCACACCCAGUACAGAGGUCGAUCUAUGCGGUCACGCCACCCUUGCCACUUCACACGUCCUCUUCCAUGAAAUAGGUAAUACAUCGUCAUUGAUUAUGUUUACCACCAAGUCCGGAGAUCUUAUGGUAGAGAAAAAAGAACACGAUUUACUCGAGAUGAAUUUCCCACAGUAUACCAUCACUAGCAUACACUUCCCCGGCACAGAAAACCCCUUGGCGGAUAUUUUUUCUGAGUUCGACGCUCCUCCACAUGUGGCCGACUUGAUCUCAAGCUUUAUUCCAUCGACGAUUAAUGUGGAAAGUGUCGCCUAUGCAAGCGAAGCGAAAAAGUUAAUCAUCGUUGUUGAUAAGGAAACUACGAAUUUUGAACUGGCUGAAAUCAAUGCCAACGACUGCACGAAGAUGUUGACGUUUGAUCCGAAUGGCGAUUUCGUUCGCGGUGUCAUUGUAACGCUCACACCAGCAAAUUCCAGAUCACAAGGUUUUGUGGAUUCGGAGAACGAUGCGUAUGACUAUGUUUGCCGAUACUUUGCUCCUUGGGUUGGAAUUAACGAGGAUCCAGCUACUGGGUCUGCUCAGUGUGCCUUAGCUCCAUUUUGGGGAAAAAUUUUGAAGAUACGCGAGCUAUAUGCGUUUCAAUCGUUCCCGAAUCGAGGAGCACAGUUUAAGCUUUGUUUGGAGGACAACUGCAGAUUGUCAAUAUUUGGUCAAUCUGUUACUGUUGUCAAAGGGCAAAUUUAUUUGAAUGAAGCAUUAUUCUACUGA